AUGGAAGCCUUUAAAAAUAUGAAAAUCCGACAGUUCGUCGUGAGAAAAUUCAUGGCGACACCGUGAGAAAAAUUCGGAGAAGCGAAGGAUUACAAUAUAAUUCAGGAACGGAGCCCUACACAGCGGGGCCGACGAAACGCUAUAUCGUGGUCGUGUUGUGUGCGAGGCCGAGUCUUGUGACUCUCGUCGCAAACAUUUGCCGGCCCUUCUGCACACAGAGAACCGCCACGUCGUCUCUCCUCGUCUCUCCCUCCUUGCGGCUCUCUCUCUCUCUCUCUCUCUCUCUGUCUACGUUUGCUUUCUCUCCGCCCCUCUCUCUCCCACUCCCCCUCCUUCUUCCCUCUCUUCGGCCUGA